UAUCAGCAACUACAUAAUGCUUAAUUAUUAUCUGAAACUGUUUUAUGUACUUCUCCUCCUCUUGCUGCCUGUUGCAGAAUCCAUUCUCGGAUUCAACAAUACCGCAGAAAUAAAGUGCAUUGAGAGGGAGAGACAGGCACUCCUCAACUUCAAACAUGGCCUCAUAGAUGCUUAUGACAUGCUGUCUACAUGGAGGGAUGAUGACAAGAGCCGAGAUUGUUGCAAAUGGAAAGGCAUUCAAUGCGACCAUCAAACAGGUCACGUAACCAUCCUUCGUCUCUGUGGUUCGGAUACACAAUCUUUGAGUGGUGCAGUCAAUAUCACUUCACUGUUUCCCUUGCAAAAUAUUCAACAUUUGGAUCUCAGCUACAAUCUUUUUGAAGCGAGUGACAUCCCAGAACUCAUGGGCUCACUAACCAGCUUAAGAUAUCUCAAUCUCUCCUAUUCUGAUUUUGGUGGUAAUAUUCCUACCCAACUUGGAAGCCUUACACAUUUAUUGUCUCUGGAUUUAAGUCACAAUUAUUUUCUCCGUGGAGAUAUCCCUUAUAUACUUGGAAGCCUUACAAGUUUAAGGUAUCUCGAUCUCAGUGAUAAUAAUCUUGAAGGAAAACUCCCUAGUCAACUUGGAAAUAUGUCACAGUUGAGAUACCUUGGUCUGAGUGGUAAUUCAUUUUCAGGAGCACUCCCUUUUCAGGUUGGGAAUCUUCCUUACUUGCAAACUCUUAGACUUGGUGGUGAUUUUGAUGUCAAACCUAAGGAUGCAGACUGGCUGUCUAGUCUCUCUUCCCUAACACAUCUUGCCAUCGAUGGUUUACAUAACACUGGCUGGUUGCAUAUGAUUCAUUAUCCAAAGCUAAGAGAGUUGAGACUAGUUGAUUGUUCUCUUUCAGAUACCCAUAUUCAUUCUCUGUUUUAUUCACCUUCCAACUUUUCCACUUCUCUUUCCAUCCUUGACCUUUCUUAUAAUAUGCUCACAUCCUCAACAUUUAACUUUAGCCUUAAUCUUCAAGAGCUUUAUCUUUCUGAUAAUAACAUUGUUUUGUCAUCUCCAUUCCACUCAACCUUUCCUUCUCUUGUGAUCCUUGACCUUUCCUAUAAUAAGAUGUCAUCAUCGGUCUUCCAAAAUAUCUUCAACUCCAGUUCAAAAAUUCAAAACCUUUAUUUGAAAAAUUGUAGUCUUAGGGAUGAUAGUUUUCUCAUGUCAGCUAUUUCAAUUACGAAUUCUCCGUCUUCUCUCAUCUACCUUGAUCUCUCUUUCAAUAUGUUGAAAUCAUCAUCCAUAUUUUACUGGCUCUUCAACUCCACUACCAAUCUUCGUACACUUGCACUUUAUGAUAACAUGUUAGAAGGUCCCAUUCCAGAUGGAUUUAGGAAAGUAAUGAACUCUCUUGAAGUUCUUGACCUCUCUAGUAACAAACUGCGAGGUGAGAUUCCAUCUUUCUUUGGGAACAUGUGCACAUUGCAGAGUUUAGACCUCUCAGACAACAAGUUGAGUGGGAACAUUUCUAGCUUAAUUCAAAAUUCUUCAUUGUGCAACAGACACGUGUUUCAGGGUUUGUGUUUAUCUGAUAACCAGAUUACCGACAUUCUACCUAUAAGCAUUGGAUUGUUAUCUGAGUUGGAGUUCUUGUACUUGGAUGGAAAUUGCUUGGAGGGUGAUGUCACUGAAUCCCAUCUUUCAAAGUUUUCCAAAUUAAGGUUCUUAUCUUUGUCAGAUAACUCCUUAUCUCUAAAAAUAGUCCCUAACUGGGUUCCUUCUUUUCAAAUAAUAAGCUUGGAACUAAGAUCUUGCAAGUUGGGUCCUAGCUUUCCUAGUUGGCUCCAGACUCAACGCUAUUUACGUUUUCUGGAUAUUUCUGAGAAUAGACUUAAUGGUUCAGUACCAAAAUGGUUUUGGAGCAACAUGCAUAAUGUGGCAUAUUUGUAUAUGUCUCAGAAUAAUCUCUGUGGUGCAAUUCCUAAUAAUAUAUCAUUGAAGCUUUUCAAUAGACCGUCCAUAUUUCUGAAUUCAAAUAAUUUUGAAGGAAAAAUUCCACAAUUUUUAUUACAAGCUUCAGACCUAAGGCUUUCUGAUAAUAAAUUUUCAGAUUUGUUUUCAUUCAUAUGUGACCAACGCACAGAUGUAAUGGCCACCUUGGAUUUAUCAAACAAUCAAUUGAAGGGACAACUCCCAGACUGUUGGAAAUCUGUACAUCAGUUAUUGUUUCUUGAUUUAAGCAACAAUAAAUUGUCAGGGAAGAUUCCUGUGUCCAUGGGCAGCCUUGUUGAAUUGGAAGUCUUGGUUUUACGAAACAAUAACCUGACAGGUGAAUUAGCUUCCACUUUGAAGAAUUGCAGCAAUUUAAUUAUGUUGGAUGUGGCCGGAAAUUUGUUUUUUGGCCCAAUACCAUCAUGGAUAGGGGAAAAUAUGCAACAAUUGAUAAUAUUGAACAUGCGAGCGAAUAAUUUCUCUGGACAUUUUCCAAUUGAACUCUGUUAUUUGAAGCACAUUCAAUUCUUAGAUCUUUCGAGAAAUAUGUUAUCAAAAGGAAUUCCAUCAUGCUUAAAGAAUUUGACUGCAAUGACUAAAAAGAACAUCAACACAAGUGACACUCUAAAUCGUAUAUAUUCGAUGAAUAUCACUUAUGUUGAAAUGUAUGGCUUUUAUGCUAAGAAAAAUUACACCCUUAGCAUAAGCUUGAUGUGGAAAGGUGUGGAACAGGGUUUCAAAAAUCCAGAGUUACAGCUUAAGAGCAUUGAUAUUUCAAGUAAUAAUUUAACUGGUGAAAUACCGAAGGAGAUUGGAUAUUUGAUUGGGCUAGUUUCUCUGAAUUUAUCCAAAAAUAAUCUGAUAGGAGAAAUUCCUUGUGAGAUUGGGAGUUUAAGAUCACUAGAGUCCAUCGAUUUAUCAAGAAAUCAUUUCAGUGGGAAAAUUCCUUCUUCUCUUUCUGAAAUUGACGGUCUGGGGAAACUAGACUUGUCACACAACUCUCUUUCAGGAAGAAUUCCAUGGGGAAGACACUUUGAAACCUUUGAUGAGUCUAGUUUUGAAGGAAACAUUGAUCUUUGUGGUGAACAACUGAGAAAAAGUUGUCCUGGAGAUAGAGAUCGAACAAUAACAAAUCUUUCAAAAGCUGAAGCAAUCAACGAUGAUAAAGAUAGCUGUUUCUAUGAGGCAUUAUACAUGAGCAUGGGGAUCGGAUACUUCACCGGAUUUUGGAGUUUAGUAGGGCCAAUGCUACUUUGGCGUUCUUGGAGAAAUGCUUAUCUGAGAUUCGUAAAUAAAUUGACAGAAAGUAUAUAUGAUCAGUUGUAUUGA